AUGGACAAGAAGCAGAGCAAGCCAAUGGAGCUUUUGAAUACGAUGGUAUCAGAGCCGUACUAUCUGCUCCAUUUCUUGGCUUUCUUCUCCUACUUUGUCCUCCGGACCUCCGUAGUCCAAGUCCUCAAUACCCAAAUCACCGAUCGCCUCCUUCAUCGAGAAAUUCAAGCGGCUUUGGCAUUUGGGCUCUUGACUGCCAUCAAGAUAGUGAGGGAAGAAACUUGGGAAGGAUAUAUUGCUGAUACGAUCUUCUUUGCAAAGAUUUUUGUUAUUGGUCUUACUUUGAUAGUGGAUUACCACUUGACUCUCUGGUACAUAGUGGUUUUUACAGUAAUAUACAUUUUCACACAACAACCUGCCUUUCAAAAAUUAGGCACUUCUAGUAAAUUAACACCAUUGCAGUUGGAAAGCUUGCUGACUGAAGGGAGCACAUCAAGACUUUGGCUGGUUGAAUUUCGGGCCGCAUAUUCUCCUGCUUGCAUACGCUCAAGUCGGUGCUUUCCUGAGCUCUCAAUUACAUAUUCCAACAAAAAUUUAUCUUUUGGAAUAGUUGACCUCGGACUCUUCCCAAAUGCUGCAGGGUAUUUUGGAAUAUCUGUCUCUGGGAGCAUGAGCCAACUUCCUACAUAUGUCUUAUUCUCGCAUGGAGCUGAAGUUGCGCGCUAUCCAGAACUAGAUUUUCAAGCAAAACCUUUUGGUCCUCCCAUAACUAAGAGAUUUCUUUCCGGGUACUUCAAGCUUGAUCGGCACCUUCUGGAGUAUAUAAAUGGUAAAUAG